UAGGCUACCUUCACAAACAGCAGAACAUAAGAGGUGAAGCAGCGUGGCUUUACAGAAGAAGGAUAGGAAAUCCGUUAAAGUAACACAUUAGCCUAAGUUUUAGGCACUGAAUACUUGGAUAUGUUUCUCCAGGUACAAAAUCAAAGUAGAUUCGCCGACCUCCAUUUAACCACCUGCCUAAACGACUGGGACAUGAAUGAAGAAAUCAAGCUAACGACCACCACUGAUCAGUUUUAUCAAGACGAAAAGCGGAAUGACCAAUAUUUGGUGCAAUGGCACUAUGCGCGGAUCUCGAGACAAUCUUCGGAGAAGGAUGACACUCAGAUGCAACCCAGUCUGUGGUUGAUGGUGAACCCCACCCUGGCUUGUUCAAUCAAGUAUCCCAAGCAGGCAGUCGGGACUGUGACACCGGCAUGUGCCACUCAGGAGCUACGUUCUCCCGUACUGCCUACCCCCAUGCCUUCGUGCCUAGCCGCCGUCCAAAGCACCCCUCCAUCUCUGUCACCUGACGAUGAACCCUGUCUUGACGAAUCGCUACACGACGCCUCCUCAUCCAGUGAACAAGUGGGUCUUACAGAUGAGGACGACGCAUCCUCGGCGGAUGUUCCAGUUUGCCGAAAAGUGAAGAACGGUCGCAAAGUGCAGUCGACGCAGGACCGCAUACGGAAACUAAGUCUGGCCCAGAACAAGCGACUGCAGCGUGUUCUCCAGGAGAGCAACAACCUCAAGAGCGGGGUGUGGCCUCGGCCUCCCGUGAACUACUGCAUUCUCAUCGCUAUGGCGCUAAACAGCAGCCGCACCGGAAGCCUUAAUGUGCAGCAGAUCUAUAACUUCACUAGAGAGCACUUCCCAUUCUUUCAGACAGCUCCUGAUGGCUGGAAGAACACUAUAAGGCAUAACCUGUGUUUCAGCAAUAGCUUCCGGAAGACUCCACAGCAGGUAUCCAGCGAGGGAAAGCGCAAGUCCUGCCUCUGGCACCUGACAGUGGAUGGUCGCCGCAGACUGCGGAAUGAAAUACACACACUUACUGGGGAGUCUUUCAGAGUGCUCAGGAGGAGCAUGAACAGCCCUGAUAUGAUCCGUGCUCUGUUUGAGCUGUGACUGACCAGAAGU